UUUCUAUACUUAAAAAAAAAAUCCACUUUUAGUUAUUUCCACAAAGAGACUUAAGGACUUGGAAAGUGUGUAUGGGGUGUCCAGGAGGGCUGAACCCGCCUUCCUUCCGCUUCCUGGAUCUCCAUCAUACCUGCCCUAAUGUGUCACCAGGUCUGAUUGACGACUACAAAAACCUCCAUGGCAGUGCCUCUGCCCCAGGCACCUCCACCGCUCCCCAGUGGCAGCCACCCACUUACAACAGCAGCAGGGCCUUUAGUGCCCGCUACCCUCGCCCGAACCAGAGGGGUUUCUCCCUGAACCAUGGGCCUACGUGGCGCAAGAAAUACUCCCUGGUGAAUCGGCCCCUGGCAUCCUCGGACCCACCUGGCGACUGUGCUGCACAGCCAUCCCUUAGGGCUGGGGGCAGCCAGGGUUCCGAACCCCAGCAGUAUGUCUUGGAGAGGCAGGUCCAGCUCAGUCCAGAUCAGAACAUGGUCAUCAAGAUAGAACCACCAUCAGAGCCGGGUUCAGCCAGCGCUGCGGGGGUCUUGAGGGGCUUCGUGGAUGGACAUGAACACAGACCUCAGGGAGGUGAGGGUGAGCCCCCUGGUGGGCAGCGGCAGCUCUCUAGGCCAAGCAGAGCCAAAGGGAGCUGCAGUGCCGAGGACCCCCUUCUGGUCUGCCAGAAGGAGCCUGGCAAGCCCCGGGUGGUGAAGUCUAUGAGCAGUUUAAGCGACAGCCCCUCGGAGCCCCGGCGGACGGUCAGCGAGAGCGCGAUUGCGGUCAAGGCCUGCUGCCUGCCCUCCAGCCUGCCCCAGCGGGGCUGCUUGGCCCUGGGCCGGAAGGUGGGCUCCCACUCUGUGGCCAGCUCUGUCACACAGCUCCUUGGGGACGGGAGAGCAAAUGCUGGCUGCUCAGAUCAGUCAACUGCCUCUGGCUUGGUGACAGGCCCAGCGAGACCAGCUACUGGACCCAGACAGACCCGGGAACCCUCGCUGCUCGUGUCCUGUCGAACCAACAAGUUCCGGAAAAACAACUACAAGUGGGUGGCUGCCUCGGCGAAGAGUCCCCGGGCCCCUCGGAGGGCCCUCAGUCCAAGACCAGCGGCAGAGAAUGUGUGCCAGGCUCCCUUUGCCGCAGCAGAGCGGGUGGAGAAGCCGCAGCUCAGUGCCGACCUAGAUGCCAAGCCCAGGAGGUCGGCUGUGUCCUCCAUGCCUGGGGCAGCGCCCAGCAAGUACAAGUGGAAGGCCUCCAGCCCCUCGGCCUCCUCGUCGUCGUCCUUCUGUUGGCAGUCAGAGGCUGGCAGCAAGGACCAUGCCUUCCAGCUCUCCCCAGUCCCGUCUAGGUCCCCGCCGGGGGACCGACUAGCAGUCGGACACAGCAGCUUGAAGCCUGUCUUCAGUGAGACCCCGCUCUCGGCAUACAAAGUGAAGAGCCGCACCAAGAUCAUCAGGAGGCGGGGGGGUGCUGGCCUUCCUGGGGACAAGAAGAGCAGCCCCCCACCUGCUGCAGCGGCCAAGAGUCAGUUCAGCCUGCGGCGGAGGCAGGCCCUCCGGGGGAAGAGCAGCCCCAUUCUGAAGAAGACACCCAACAAGGGCCUGAUGCAGGUCACCAGGCACCGGCUGUGCGGCCUGCCUCCCAGCCGGACGCAGCUCCCCGCCGCCAAGGAAGCCUCCAGCCUGCACGGCCUGCGGCCCCCUCCCACCAGCAAAGUGAUCAAGACCCGCUAUCGCAUCGUCAAGAAGAACCCAGUGUCAUCUCUCAGCACUGCCCCUGGCCCCCCGACCCCACCCUCCUGGCGGGCACGGCGCCUCUCCCUGUCCAGGUCCUUGGUGCUGAACCGUCUGCGUCCGGCUGCAGUGGGCGGAAAAGCCCAGACUGGCUCUCCUCGGUGGCGGAGCAAAGGCUACCGCUGCAUCGGAGGGGUCCUCUACAAGGUGUCGGCCAACAAACUCUCCAAGACCUGCGGCCGGCCCAGCGGCGACGGGGGCAGCAGGCCCCUCCUGCGCACAGGCCGGCUGGACCCUGCCAGCAGCUGCAGCCGCUCCCUGGCCAGCCGGGCCGUCCAGCGCAGCCUGGCCAUUGUGCGGCAGGCGCGGCAGAAGAGGCGGAAGAGGAAGGAGUACUGCAUGUACUACAACCGCUUCGGCAGGUGCAACCGCGGCGAGCGCUGCCCCUACAUCCACGACCCCGAGAAGGUGGCCGUGUGCACCAGGUUUGUCCGAGGCACGUGCAAGAAGACAGACGGGACCUGCCCCUUCUCCCACCAUGUCUCCAAGGAGAAGAUGCCUGUGUGCUCCUACUUCCUGAAGGGGGUCUGCAGCAACAGCAGCUGUCCCUACAGCCAUGUCUACGUGUCCCGCAAGGCAGAGGUCUGCACUGACUUCCUCAAAGGCUACUGCCCUCUGGGUGCCAAGUGCAAGAAGAAGCACACGCUGCUGUGCCCCGACUUCUCCCGGCGGGGUGUCUGCCCGCGGGGCGCCCAGUGCCAGCUACUCCACCGUAACCAGAAGCACCUCGGCCGGCGGACAGCCGCACCCCCAGCCCCGGAACCCAGCAGUGCGCCCCCCAGGAGCAGGACUUCCACCAGCCACGGGCCCAGGAAGUCCUCGGCUGCCCAGCGACCCAGCAGACAGACAACGAGCUCCCCUACCGCCGUGGCUGCUGGCCCGGCCUCCCCCCCUCCCUCCCCACGGGUUUUAGCUGCAGCUUCAGCCCCCCCCUCUUCCAUCUCCUCCCCAUCCUCCUCCUCCUCUCCGUCCUCCCCCUCCCCUUCCUCCCCCCCUCCUGCCUCCCACUCCCCCUCCCUGUCCUUGGACCAGGAGGAGCUGUCUCUGCAGGAGGAGGCUGCCUCGGCAGGGACGGGCUCCAGCAGCCUCUCCAAGCUGCCUUCCUUCAUCUCCCUGCAGUCUUCGCCCAGCCCAGGAGGUCAGCCCAGGGCCCGGACCCCCAGGAGCCCCCCCACCAAGGACUCAGGGAAAUCUCUGCACAUCAAACCCCGUCUUUGAGGGCCCAGGGGGCCGGCCCAUGCCUACCUCGGCCCCUCGGCCCUGGAGAGGAAGGAGGCUCUGCCCGCCACGGCCCCAGAGGAGGGGCCGCCGGCCACUGAGCACCCCCCUGGGGCUGCAGGGCCAUCGCUCUGCCCACCUGGCUCUCAGCUCUGCGUGACCAGUACCCAGGUCUCACCUCCCUCGGGCUGGGCCCCACCAACCUCCCACCCCGGUUCCUCAGCCUUGCCCGAAGGGGCACCCAGCAGGGCUCACCCCCAGCCCUGUCCCCUCCAUGCGAUGUGCCCCUAGUCCUCCCCUAGGAUGCCUGCCCGGGGAAGCGCGCCGGGCAGGCCUCCCUGGCGGGCGUUUUGUGUUCAGCAAUAAAGGUUCUGUCCUGUGUCUA